AUGCUUCUCUCAUCAGAUGUUGAUCAGCCAGAACAAGCAGAAGCUGCAAAUGAGGCCAGAAAUGUUGACGAUGGCAUGAACCCUUUGUCGGGAACCGAGGAAGAGGAUGAAAAUGAUGCUUUUAUUCGCGACAGGUUCACGCAAGUUCGAAGUGAGGUUUCUCGCAUUAAAGGGCUGCUCACCCGACCUCGCAGCGUCGUGGAGAAUCACGUUUCAGACCAGCUUCAAGAGGCAUCUACGAAUCCAGCCCUACGGGGUGGAGCCAGUGGUAGUGGAGCCUUUCAGACCAGCAAGAUGACGAGAGCGACAGCGAUAUGAAGCGAAAAAGUGUACUCAUCCUCACAAGAAAGUAGGCACUUUCUAAGUAGGAAGAAGCCUCUUUUCUUGAGUAUGAGUACACUUUUUCGUGUCAUAAAUGAUGCAGCGAGAGCGGCAAUUGGCGACUGCAUUGGAGAGUCGGGACUCCCUUGCUGCGAUCGAGGAGGCAUGCAACGACCUGCUAGAGGAAAAAUUACAAAGUCUAGCCGAGGACAUGCGGAUGGAAAUCAAUAGGCGCGACGCGAAACACGCAGAGGAAGUCACGCACCUGCUAGAAGUAGCGGAAAAACUGAAACAUGUCUACGAUGAGGUACUUAACUAGUUCUUGUACAAUGAAUCGGCUAUGAUGGAUCAUUUCUGUAGUUGUCGUUGAUAAAUGCUUACCAUAGGAGCCUUGUUCAGCCAGGAGAUCAAUUUGCAUUUGUAUGUAAGAAUAAAUUGAAAUUCCGAUUUCUGUUUUUACGUUGUACAACUUCUCCUAUCAGUAUGAUUAUCUUCCUCGACUUGAUCUCUCUCUGGCAACAUGAUCCUUGUCAAUAUUUUCAUCCCAACACCUCCAGGUCGACAACGAAUUACAGUUCCGUGAUGGCAUAGGCGAGGACUUUCUGCAGGCUAGACGUAGUCCCAUGCUUGAUAGCAUGCGACAAUUUGGCGAGAGACUUUUUUCCGAUUUAGCAGACUGCUUUUCUGAUGGUGUGGGUGUGCAUGGAGGAUCCAUGCUUCUAAGUUUGCAGGAGCGAGAAGAAGCCCUCCUCCUACAAGUUAGCGAUGUGCACGAUACCAUUACGUCACAGGUACUUAGCUAUAGAGCAUUCGUUAUAAGAUGGAUGAUGGAUGGGGAAGGGGGUCAAGUUGCAGGUGGCUCGAUCUAGAAGUGUGUCACAGUCUACCAGAUCCUGCUAACGAAAAAAAAAAAAAAGAGGUAGACCGAUCAAAAAGAAUAGAAGAUCAUAACCUAUGAUGUAGAAGUACUUUCAAUCACUGUUCUUACAUCUACUGACUUCUCUGGUAGUUAGUACUUAAAAAUGAUUAAAGAACAUCGCACUUCAUCCCAGAUUGAUAGCUUCCUAUCCGACGUGGAGCGUUCCGUGUCUGCCGCUUUUGAGAACCGGCUUAGAGAAUCCUUUGGGCCACACGCGCGAGGGAAGUUGGGACCCCAUCCCAUCCGAGACAACGCAGAGUACUCACGCCUUUCAGAUUAAGGCUCGAAUUAUAAGUAAUUCAUCGAUCAUCAGUAGCUUCACAGAACUUCUGAAGUAGGUGACUUAGUUACGUCUCUCAGUUCUUUCCUUGUUGGAUUCAGAGAAUGUGAGGCAAGGCUUAUAUACUCAGUAUAAGCUAAUCAAUGCAAGCUCCUCUUCUAAUCAGAGGAAGUCCGGCAACUCCACGACGAGCACUUAGAAUUGCAAGGCAUGGCUACAGAACUCGUGAGGCUAGAGGAGCGGGUGAUCGAGAGUGCUGCGAAGGUGGAACACGUUGCUGCCGGUGAAGGGUCUGGCUUUGCUACCACACUUAGGGCUACUUAACCUGUAAUUUAAUCUGAGAGACAGCUUUCUUGUCCUUGUUUGAAAGUGGUUAGUUAGUUUGAAAGGGGAAAAGACACGCAGAAGAACGAGAACAUAUCUAAUUUAGAAGGGUAUUUAUGGGUUAGGGCGACCUCUAAGACACCUACAGGUCCAGGCGGAUCAUCUUCUGCAGAUGGUAGAUACUCUUCGAGUGGUGCCGACGUGCAGCGUGAAGAGACUCUCGAAUUAAUCGAUGAGCUGCGAGAGCAAGUGACUGAGAGCUACGAGGUACUCUUCAACAAGUUACAAGACGUUCUAUGGCACGCACGAGGCCGACUCCUGCAUUUCGAGAAGCACGCAGGAGGACCUGCGCCACCUGUUUCUGGUUCCGAGAACAAGAUUAAGGGCACUAUGUUGAAGGUGCUUUUGUUAUUUACCGUUUGCUAUGGCUGCUUUGCUAAGGGGGACAGCCAUAACAAGCGGGGGAUAAGCGAAUAGGAAGAAGCUACCUCUAACAAGCGGAUCACCAGUGCAGAAGAGUUCUACCAGCAGCUCCAGGGCGAGCUGGUGCAAAUUUUUCACGCCAAAGACGAGCACCUCGAACUCAUCAAGGACAUGAAAAAGCUAGUCAUCGAAAAAUUUGCCGAGCGAGAGCGCGUGCCCUUGCCUUCUGCGGCAGCAAAGGAGACCCUUCUGCGUCAUUUGAACCGUGCACGCGGCAGACUGUACGGACAGAUGGACGAAUUCCAAUUCGAGUAUUUGGAACUGCAGAAGCACAUCGAGUCGCGGUACCGACAGCGCCAUCGCGACCUAAUCACGCACAUUUCGCAUCUGGAAAAAAAGUUAGAGCUACUCCACGCAAACCGUCCGCACAAGAUCCACUUCCAACGAUGCCUUGGGGAGAACUUUUUGCGGUACCCUUUCGAGACCCAGGCGACGUAUUUGGCUUUGCUUGCGCGAGUCACGGAGUUAGAAAUGCAUUUGCGACAUAUCGUCGAUAAGGUUAAGGCUCCUCAGAAGUUGUUUAAUUCAUUUGAUGUUCUACAAGUCUUGUUUUUUUGUAGUGCCAACAUGCUUAUCCGGAAGGGAAGUAGAGGAGCUGGCAUGUCCUCGCUUCACCUCACUGUGGUGCUUUUCGUCUUAAGAUCCUCGUGAGAAAAUGUAAAUGCAUGGAAGCAAAAAAUGAAAUUGAAGUAUAAAAUUUCUGAGCUCAACAUCUAAUGGGGGCUUUCCAGAGUUGGCAGAGGAUGAUCGAUACAGUGAAGACCUGCUUAUCGGGACGCUGAAAAAGAAGGAACUAGUCCGCGUGCUGCUGGAGCGCGUGCACGAACUGGAGGAUGAAGUGAACGAACGCCGUGACGCAAUGAGUCCAUUGAAGAAGAAGAAUAACAAUGUUGGUGUUAUGGAAGUGUUAGUGUUAAUGUAAGUGUUAGUGUAAGUGUAAGAGUAAGUAUUACUUAGCGUUAAUGUAAGUGUUAGUGUAAGAGUAAGUAUUACUUAGCGUUAAUGUAAGUGUUAGUGUUAAUGUAAGUGUUAGUGUUAGUGUUGUAGGGAAUUCAUCUCCAAAGUCUUCAUCUGGAAGAACAAGACAAGGGAAAAAAACGCACUCAGAAGAUGAUCAUCCCUGCUCAGAUGUACUAUACAAUGAUCCUGUAUACUAGAUACCUCUAAUACUGGUGCUGCUGGAAAGAUGAAGAAAGUGGAAGAUGGACCCGCGGAUGACUAUGUUGACGAUGAGGAUGAUCCUUUGCGGGAGCGACGGAAACUUGAGCAAAUGCGUCAUGAGAAUUUUGUGAUGGACGUGACUGAAAAGAUAGAAGAAAAAAUUCAGGAACUACGCAAAUCCAACUUUCUCAGAAAAGCCCGCACUGGAGAUGCCACAAAUCUUCACGUAAAGAAUGACGACGAUCUUCUGGAUGACAUCUCGGUAGCGGACACGGAGGACAGCUUGGCGCAGAUGAACAUCAUCCAGCGCAAAGCGGUCAGAAAAUUCGCCGAUGAAAUCGCGCAGAGAAAAGCAAUGGACAACCUGGGCAAGAACAGUACUCCUGACAAAACGUCCAAGGUCGGUUCAAAGAGGAAGAUGAAAUCUGAUGCUGCGACAGCAGCAUUCCAGAAGGAUAUCGAGGGUUUGCCACCCUUCUCAGCGGCAUGGGCGGAUCCUCAUAGUGUUUUAGACUGGAAGCUAGGUGGUCCGAAAGCAGAGGCAGAACAGAAGAAGAACAUCAACAUGAUGAAAGCUGGUGCUAUUGGAGCUGCAUCAAUCGACGACUACGACGAGAACGAUUAUAAUGCCGGCCCGAAUGGCCCUUCAUCUUCCAAGAUGUUGAAAAGUCGGAAGAGUGCAACUAGUGGACGAGGGAGGAAAGAAGGAUUAGACGAGUUUGCUACUUUAGGUGGCAGCUCUGUCGCAGCCCUUCUCGGUCUGGAUGAGGAAAAAAUGGGCACCGUACUAGGUGGAGACAGUCAGGCGACUGAAAAUGAAAUGCUAGCUUUUUAUGGAGGACAAGAUCUUCUAGAUGAGCAAGAGGACGACGAGAACGCUCUGAUGGAGCAGCAUCAGAUAGAUCCGCCUCUCAACAUGUCACUAAGUAAGAUACUUCUAGGUGGUGGCAAGAACGGCAAGAAGAAGGGGAUGAUGAUGGCAGCGGCAAGGAGGUCUACUUCAGGAGUACCAUCAUCCUUUGACGUGAAUCUUGGCAUCGACGAUUUCCCUAUUGCAGGAGAUGAUGAACUUGAUGAACUACGAGCAAAUAUUACAAGCCCGACUCGUUCCGUAGCGAGGGAACGAGAGCGGACGAGGGCACUGGCGGAAGAUGUUCUGCGAGAUUUUGAGGACGUGGAAGACAAGGAGUCUUUGGCGAGCCUUGACUUUAGCUCUCCGACUUCGCGACUACGGAACCUGGCGCCAGGUGCAACAGGGAAAGAUGCUACAGACUUUCUGGCUGCUCUGCGAGCAGCGCAAUUUGGGCGCGGGUCUCAGCAAACAGGAUCUCCAUCCCAACAGUCUCCAGAAGGCGGUCGUAGGAAAAGCAGCACGAAGAAGAUGAAAAGCAAGAAAAACAAAGAACAAGCAGCUUCUGGCUCUCCAGGCGACAGGAGCUCGACGUCAGCAUUAGGACCACCAGGUGCAACUACGGGUGCUUUUGCGUUUUACCCGGAUCCGCCUUCAACCGUAGUCUCUGCUAGAGGUGCUGAAGACGGCGUGACCUCUGCUUCUAGAAGUGAUGCCUUCGCUGAUGGAGAUUUUGGUUCCUCGUCUUCAUUUGCUUUCAACGCUUUUAAUCAUCGCAAGCCUAGCAUCUUGAAGACUUCAGGGGUGGAUGUCACACUCACAGGAGGUGGAGGACCACAGGUACCACAAGGUAAUGCAAACGAGGCAGCAGCUUCUGCGGGUCGUACUAUCACUGGGACAAGAAAGCUCCACUUUUACGGAGAAAGUGAUGUUGAAAAUGGUGCUAUCAAACUUCGAGAGGCAGGAACACUGUUUGGGGACACUGGUAUCCUCGAUGAUGAUGAGCCGGAGCGACAUUCUGCGAUACAGCGCAUGAUCUCGUCCGGGCGGAAAAAUCUAAAACAGGAUAAGGAGCAGAAAAAUAACAACAAUAGUACUCCCACUUCUAGGUCUAGUGUGAGUACUCGAAGCGCUCAACUUAUCCGCACAGUAUCAUCUCAAGGUACUACCCAUGAAUCCCGCAUGCUAGACGUGGUUCAACCUAAACUGAAGCAGGCGCAUGACAUCUUGCAAGUCAUAUGCGACUUGGCAGAGGCGGCAGAUGUUGAAGCUCUCAAUGCAGGACGUUUCUCGUCAAUGGAUGCGGACGGUACAACAUUAAGGCUGUACUUCUAGUUCAUAUUUGACUAGAUCCUUGAAGUUGAGUGGUUUUCUGGGGGAGUAUCACAGGGGAAGACUCCCGCCCCCCAUAUUUUUCAAGUAUGCAGGUGAAGAAAGAUGAAAUACGGAGAGCAGCUCUAACAACAAGAACAACUACACCAGAAUCGAUGAGCGUUCGUAUUCGGAUUUUGUGUCGUCAGCUGGGCGCUAUCCUAGACGUCUUCGAGGGAGGCUGGGGCGGCGUAGACCGCGACGUGAGUCGGACCUACCGUGCGGUCUCGGAAUUGUACAGUGCGUAUCAGCAGAAGCAUGGCGUGACGAAGCAACUCCUGAGGGCAGCUGUGACCGCCAUACAUCGUCGCAACACGGUUCACCGGUACUCGGAACUGAUGGACCUUGUUUUUGCACGUUGGUGCCAACGCACUCAGCGUAGAAGGGAAGCAAAGUUUCUGCGCGCGAGGAGCAUGUUUCUCCUGUCCAGGAUGCAAAAGCAGCUGUCUGCCGAAGUCUACUUCUCCAGCUGGCGCACUAUCGGUCUUCUUUGUAGCCAGACGUUCCAUCGGCUUCAUCGUAGACGCGAGCGCCAGCAGCGCGAGAAGCUAGCGGAUGGCCCACGCCUCUCCUCAGCGAGGAGACGGUCAGGUGCUUCAGCUAGUACAACUGCUCUAGGUGGAGGUGCUAGUCCAAGUACUAGAAGUAGCAACAAGCAGAAAGGGCUUCUUACCACUGCUCCUGAGGGUGAAAGCAACUACAACGACUACAACCCGGUCGAUCAAGGUGGCAUUAUCGAUGAGUACGUCCAGCGCCAUCUCCAUCAAGGGAAAGAUAAUAAAGGCAUGCAACAGUUUAGUCCGCAGACGAUAAAUCUGAACAAAAACAUCAAAGUAGACGACUUCUUCCUGGACGAAGAUGGCAACGAGGAGGAAGAGCACGCACAACUCGCGUUCUACUUCCCGCAGAUAAGUUUUGGUGUGCUCAGGUGUGAAGGACUCCAGAAUUACUAUCGUUCGGCCCUGUGCUUCCUGCAAUGGCAAGCGAUGUGGCAACAGGCUAAGUUUCGUCGUGGCCUGCAGGAUCUAGUGGAUUCCGGGCGUCUUGAGGCCGAGAGCUGGCGCACUUUAUGUCAGGAGGUGAUGCAGGACAGGGACACGCUACACCAAAAGUUCGCCCAUCUGCAGGACGUCGUGGCGGAUCGUGAGCAACUACAAAGCACUCAGCUCGCGAAAAUGCAGGAGAAAGUCCUAGAACUAGAGAACAAGAACCUCCAGGAGCAAGCAGUUGGUGGUGGUGGUGCUACAACGGGCACAUCUUCUACAGGAGCUGCUGGCACAUCUACAGGUAGAAAAUCUUCGUCACCAUCCAGCCCUUCAACAUCCUCUAAGAUGAUGUUGAAAUCUCCCACUGCCUCUCGUCCCUUUGCCUUCUCUCCACAUGCCAGAGAGAAGCCUCACCAUAAGGCUUCCCACAGGGAGCAACUGAACGACGCCUAUGCAGAGUAUAUCCGUCGUGAGCAGAAGCGUGAGCGACUAGCUGUCGUUAGCGGCGGAGCAGAUGGCACACUAGACAUAUUGCCGGAUGGCGAAGGACCGAUCGAAACUAUUGCAGAGGGAAAGUUAAGGGCCGCUCCCACAUUGCAUUCUGCACGAGGACUUGAGAAGUCCUUGACUAUUUAUCUUCAAGAAGAAAGUCAAACUCAAAGUCAAUGUCAAAAUUAUUAAUUUAUAUAAGUAGAUACAGCUACAGGGAGGACAAGCAUGUUCUUGAGUAGUGUGGAAGAAUGCAAAAAUGAUGGAACGACCUCUAAGUAAAGCCUUGCUCGAUCUCAUCCGAAAUCGCGAAAAACGGGCAGCCUCACUUGGAAGGGGUAGAUCACCUUCACGGAGGUCUUCAGCAUCCACGACUCGGAAGUCCUCUACCACUCAAGGUGCUCCUGGCGGAGGUGAACAAGAUGGUCCUUCACGAGGAUCUCUCGGCACUGCACGACGCAGUGGAGGUCCUCCACAAAAUCAUCUGCCGCGUGGAGAAGGCGAAGCCACGGGAGACAGCCCAGUGAUUCUGACGGGUGGUAGUGACCAGAGUCGCAGUCCCAGUCCUGGCGCAGCGUCAAAAAAGAGACGCUCGUCGGUCUCACCGGCAGGUACAAGCAGAUCACAAGUGUCACCAGGGGGCACCAGAAGAUCACUCUCACCGGGAGGCACAAAGAGGAAAUCGAGUCACGCCCAAAACGCGAAAAGUCCUUUAAAAUUAAGGCUCAAAACAAUUUAUUUCCAGCUGACAUUUUUUUCUGUUUCCCUCUUGGGAUUCUGAAGAAAUGAAUCCAAGAAAUGAAUUGUUUUGAGCUCUAAUAAAAGGAAGGAACUACAGUAGAAGUAGAAGCUCUUCGAUAGAUGAGAGACGCGGACGAGGACAAAGUGGUAAGAAAGGUACCUCCAAUAAUUAUGGAGCUGCAGGUGGAGGACCACGGCGGCUGGGGUCCUCACCCUCUCCAGGUCAUAGUCGGUCACCAGUCUCAGGACUGAGAAAGUCUGGAUCAGCUCCAUCCGUCGCGGGAUCAAAGCCGCUGAAGGACGCUGAUCUCAUGAAAUUAGCCCCAGAGCAGCUGGCAAACGCGGUGAGUGCCGCAAUCGUGACCGAGAACUUUGAUGAUGGUGCAGCGCUAAUGAUGCGAGAGUACGUGUUUCAAGUUUCGCGUGGCGCCCUCUCUCCUCAGGACCUUCCAGAAGAACUUCGCACGUCCUUGCAAAUCAAGUUCCCGUCUCUCUGGAAAAGGCUACAGGAAAGUCAUGGAACCGGCCUGGGUGGUGGAGGACCCGAGGGAGCAAGAAAGAGCGGCAAAGGCACAUCAACAAAAGGCGGAAAAAGUGGAGGUAGCCCUAGUACUAUAGUAAGAAGUAGUGGCAAUAAGCAUCAGAAAAAUCCUAAAUCGUUGUUUUCGAAGGAUCAGGAGGAGAACGACAUUCUGAAAAAUUUUGACGACGAGUUCGUGCCCUUCGACAAGACUUCACAAGCAGGCUUACGCGAACAAAUCGAGUUUCAUGCUGGUGGCGUUAGACGUCCCAUUGGUGGAGAGGGAGAAGCCGCACCGGACGCGAUCCCGGCUCCUCCCUUGCCAGUUCCAGCGCCCCCGAUGGCUGUGUCUCAGGUGCUGUCGAUUCGCGAAGCUGCGAUGGAUGAGAGCUUUGUUGAACGCCAUAGCUCGUCUCAUGAUGCAUCCUCAAGAACUAGGCAAGGAACUGUUGAUCGUGCGUCUUCUAGGAAAACUGGUGGCGCAACUCCUGGUAGUGCAACUAGUACAUCCAACAUUUCAAAACGACCUGUUCUCCACCAUCUUCAAGCUCAACAUGACACGCUUGCUCCGCGUAUAUCAAAAUCUAUAACUAGUGGUCCCGAGUCCGAGGUUCUGGUGCUGGCACAGCGGCAAAGCGGUGUUGUGUUAGAGAUUUUACGCUUCUGGCGAGGGAUCUUGCUUUACAGAGAACUGCGGAGAAUCUUUUUUAACCGCGUGACGGGGGGAGCAGACGAGCAGUUCUUCCGAAACAAGUCUCGUCCGCAGAUUCGAGCCGGCAUCUACGGCGUGCUAGAGCACGACUUGCUUGCCGAACCCGAGCCUCUACAAGAAAGCGCAGUCGGAUCAGACCGAAGACAUCAUGCGAGAGUAGAUUAAGGCUCAACUUUCAAUGGUCACCAUUUAGAUUGGAGUCACUGAGAUCGAAGAGGCGACCCCUUGAGAGAACAAGGGAAAUAAGCGAAGGGAAAAGGGGAAAACUACGGGGAGGGGGUCUCUUCCGUUCAGAGUCAUGAUGACCACUGACUGCUGCGCUUUAAGUAGAGCUCUUGCGCGGCACCUGCAUCUUUAUCGACUCAGUUUCAGGAGAGCGCGGAGUGAAAGUGGCGCAUCUAGCUGGAGGGAACGGGGAACUCUUUGUCCCAGACGUGCGCACAAGCGUGCAAGCACUAAGAGAGGCAGGGUUUUUGGACGUUGUAGGAAAGGAUUUUUACCGCGGCGGUCAGGUCGACUCCACUGGAGCGCGUGUCACUUCCAAGGGCAAGCCUAGAUCGACGAGUGUCCCUGAACGACUCGCUUAUUUGCGCAAAGUAAUCCUCGAUUACGGAUACGAAGGCUACGGUGGUUGCGCAUGCUGUCUAGCGGAGAAACAGGAACUAUCAGCCUCCCAAGAAGAGGAGGCACGAAGGAACAAGAAGAGCAGAAAAUCCUCGAAGAACGCUCUAUUCACCGAAAAAAGCGAUGAAAGCAGUGGGCCUAGUGAUAGUGAAGCAUUGAAUAAAGCGUUUGCGCCAGCAGAAGCGGCUGACGGGAGGCCUGGGGAGAGUAGACAGCAGGCUUUGGCGAAGAUCUUGAGGAAGCAGAGUGAAGGCCGUCGCCAUAAAAUGAGACAGAUCACCGCGGCCAGUGACAAUCGGCUAGAACGCUUUCUCUCACACGGCUGCACAGAGUUGUACGCCGCGCAAUUGUCGGCGGGCACUGUUCUGACAGCGGCAGCGGCGUUGACGGCAGAGAUUGGAGAGAACUUUCAGCAUCUGCAGAGCGAGUGGGGACAGAAAGCGUUUCCUCAUACGGCCACUGGGGCAGCAGGAACGAAAAUAAGACACAGUGUCGCCACUGUUGAACUCGGAACCGAGGAUGUGAAUACAACUGCCUCUGUCGCCGCGUCUUCGGACGGGAAACCUAAAACGGAAAGGCAGCUGCGCAAGCUGUUCAUCGAAAAGGGGUUGCAGGAUGGCAACUCGAGUGACAGUGAGGACUUUUUGCACAGUAUCCAAGAUUUGGUCAUUGUUUUGCGCUCAGCGAUCUACGCAUGCGACGUUGGUAAACCUGAGGUUUUCGUGGGCAACGGCGCCCUCCACCAGCAGCUCCAAGAUGCUCAUAAGCAACACCAAUCACAUCGAAAAUCGAUCCAGAAGAAAAUCGCCUCAACAUCGCGAACAAGUAAUACCUCCUCUAGUAAAGGCGCCGUUGUGAAUCUGGAUGCUAAAGAACCAGGUGCAGGCGAUCCCUUUCCGGAGGUUUUUCUGCUUUCCGAGGUUCUCAAUGGGAUGCCAGCUCAUGUGAAGCAUUGCGCGGUCAGAUACAUCGUGGAACAAGGGCUAAUCGAGGAGUACUGUCCUAUUAAGGCUUGGGAGUUGACCUUGACAUCUCUAAUAUAAGUACGCGUCUUUAUGUCCUCUUCUUCAAGUAGGUAGAAUAAAGCCACAGAUAUGCGAGCUACUAGAGGGGGGCCAACUCUCAACCUCUAAUCCUACGCUGGUCAAAGCCUACGGAUUCAUCACCCACUACAUGAGGAAAGCGGUGGACCUCGAAACCAUGCCCUUGAUACCCGCCAAGAUUAAGGCUCAUGAUCUAUUCGAAAACUCAAAAUAUACGAUUACGAGUUACUGUCUGGAAUAAUUAUACGAGUCCUUUACACUGACAACAUUGAUUCCUCUUCUUUCAGUAUCUCCCUUAUCUUCAGUAGUUACUCGCUUAUUUCAGUUUAUCGAAAACUUAGCUAGGUAGUAUUUCUUAUAAUAUUUUCCUCACGGGUGGACGGGUCGUUGGGGUAGUUCACUUUCCUCUCUUUUCUUCAUGUUCAUCUUCAUUUUCCAACUACUUAACUUGUUAGGAUAGAAGACAGUGACAGCUUUAACAAGAGAAGUUCUAGAGGUUCCGAUGCAGCGGAUCAGAACCAGGACGUUCUCCUAUCCAGACUAGGCGUCGUCUCCCACAUGCUGCGAGAUGUUCGAACCUACGCCAGAGGUAGCGCGAUCUUGCAACUUCCAGAUGGCAAAUUCGAAAUCGCACUGCCUACUACACCUGGAGCAGGAGGCGGAAAGGGUGCUGCAGGUAAAAAAGGGGCUAGUGCUGAAGGGGAAGCUGCACAAUUACGCCUAGCUCUUAUUCAUUUUCAUUUCUCUACUCAUCAUUUUCUUGGUUGUAGUUGUACCCGGUUGAUGUUCCCAAUUACAUGAAACAUCACAGCCAAGGAAAAAUCCACUACGGAUCGAUGUUGCUGGACCGAAAUGAUAUAAUGAAUCUUCCAAGCUCGCUCGUUCUAACUCUUCACGACCCUGAAAAAAUUCGACAUGAGGAGAGGAGAAAAGAGAAGAAGGUGAUGAUGCUAAGCGUCACAGCAACAACUACUCCUGGUGCGACUGCGGGUGCUUCUGGAGCAGAAGCCUCCAAAGGAGAAGGGUCAGGACGUCGUAGUAGUGCUUCGGGAGGAAAAGCAGGAGGAGGAGGUCGUGCUUCUAAAGCUGGUGGUGCUGCGGGACAAGCGGAACAGGCACAUCGUCUCCUACACACCGACCAUAGAGACUACGAAAGUGGUAGUGCUACUAGUAGCAGUAGUACGACUAAAAAUAUGGAGAAAAUAAGGAGUAGCAUAGCUGCUCCUGGAGGCGCACCUGCAAGACCAUUUUCUUCAGCGGCAGUCGGCGCCAGAAAGUCCAAACAUGAGCUCCCAACUACAGGGGCUUCGUCUCCUUGGAGGAAAAGAAGUAAACAAUCUCAAUCUCCACAACUCAAGGCAAGGGGAGAAGGAGAAGCAAGUCCACCUCAAGCACAUGUUGUACAUAAGAAGAGUCCACCUAAAGCACACGUUGUUCAUAAAAAGAGUGGAAUAAAACAUCAUCAUCAUAGUGCAGCAGCAGAUCAUGAACAUCAUCAUCAUCAUACUAGUGCAGCAGCAGAUCAUGAACAAGCAAGAAGAGGAUCUUCUCAACAUGAGAAGAUGGAUCUCUCACCCAAAGACGAUGGGGGAAUGACGGCAGAGUCCAGGAGGCUAAUUGCGCAAAUGCAGAUUAAUAUGAAGAAAAGGUUGAGCCAGCCAGGUGUCGGGAAUGAUAUUACGGGUGUAGGGAAUUCAUCAUCUCCAAAUGAGUCAUCUGAGAUAGAGAAAAAGACAAGAGGAAAGAGGGACCCAGAUGAUCCCUGAGAUGCAUUCCCGGCACCUCUAAUGAUAGCUUUGCGUUUCCACCGGGAUAGCCAGCCAGCGCCAGGUGUCGGGAAUGAUAGCUUUGCGUUUCCACCGGGAUAGACAUGGAGGAGCUCCUGCGACGUCGAUGGUCAGAACGGGUCAGCUUCUUAGAAUCAAAGUUGUUACAACUAGAUUCGUGCAGAAUUCGAAUUAUCAAUGAAAUUAAAAUUUUAGCGCGGUUUUACCGAGUUAGCAGUAUUUAUUGCAUUAAUUGUCUUGCAGUAUUCAUCCUUCGUUCGUUACUAGUUGUGACCUAGCUCGUCUAACGCAAUCUCAAAAAAGAACUGUCUAGAACUCAGACAUGGUAUUGCCGAAUGUCACUCAUAAUUUCACUCCUAUCAACUCUACUAAUAUGUAACUACAAGUCAAAUCUCAAUGUAACUACUUCUUCGUGGUCGUCCAAAGAACGAGGUAGAGGACUGAGGACAUCCCCUCGUCUAGUAGACUCAAUGCCUAGUAGACUCGAUGCCUUUCUUCAGUAAACUUUCGAUAACAUCAAAAUCAGUAAAAAUAUCAAGUAGGCAUGCUCUGGAUCCUAUUCGAUAAGACUUGAGAAAUGUCUCCUCCACGAGGAAGCUAAAAAUACUAGUAGUUUAGAACUUGCAUUUCAUCCUCUACCUAGUGGCGAGGACAAGUCAUCAACUUCAAUUCGCUUCUGGUUUCUAGAACUUGUUCAUUACUUAAUUGUCAGAGUAGUUAAGUGAGUUUUUAGUAGAGUCGUGAGUUAUUCCAAGUAGAAUCAAGGGGAGGAUCAAAGUUCGCUUCUACAAGCUCUGUUGAUGAUCUUCCUGAAAGUUGUGAUAAAGUCUGUGAUAAAGUCUGCCUAUUCCACCUAUUCCAAGAAGAAGCCUGGAUAAGUAGUACUCUGUGACAACCCCAUUUCCACCUUGUAAAAUCAAAAGUUUCGGCGAGAUGUGAAUAGUCGUGAUAAUGCUCACCUCCCCGAGGCGAGCAAAUCCAAAUUCCCAUCCAUCCCGCCCUCAUAUUAUAGACGUUUUGCAGCGCGAUCGAUCCCGUGUACUAGAAGUGUGCCAGAUGAUGAU